GUUGUUAAAAAAGAAAAAAGAUAUCCGUUUCUCAGUUUCCCGGCAAAGACUAAUUCCCUAAACCCUAAUUCACUCUUCUCGUUUAUCACCACCACCACCAUCACCCGCAAAAAUCCUUCCUUGUCACUCUCUCUCUCUUCCUCUCUUCCGAAUUCAUUCAAGUCAGACAAGUUCGAUUACAGUUUGCACUUUCAUUCAGAUCCUGUUCCAUUACUUUGGUUAUCCAUUCUUCGAAAUUCUUUAUCUUUUAUCUGUCUUUUUUUUCCAUAACAAAACGCUUUUAGGGUUUCUUGGGUUCAACCAAGGAAUCCCCUAAUUGGAUCAAAAUUUAGUUCAUUUGUCCAUUCCUUCGUCAAAAUUUUUUACCCAGUUUGUUCAUAUUGGCAGUGCUCACUUGUUUUUAGUUGAGACCAAAAUCCCACCUCUGGGUUUCUCAUUCUUAGUCAAGAAACGCGUAUACAGUUUGAUUACCUAGUUUGGUGAAUUUUUUCUUUUUAUCAUUUUGGUGCUUCGAUGGCAGAGGAUAGGAAUGGAGCCCGCAGUGAGGCGAGCGAUUACUCGUCCGAGGACGAGGGAACGGAGGAUUACAGGAGAGGAGGUUACCAUGCGGUGCAAAUUGGGGAUAAGUUCAAGAAUGGACGCUAUAUGGUGCAGAGAAAGCUUGGUUGGGGUCAUUUCUCUACUGUUUGGCUCGCAUGGGAUACGCAGGGAUCGCGUUAUGUAGCUUUGAAAGUUCAAAAGAGUGCUCAACACUACACUGAAGCAGCAAUGGAUGAAAUAAAGAUCCUCAAACAGAUUGCUGCAGGAGACCCAGAUGAUGAAAAAUGUGUUGUGAAGCUGUUGGAUUAUUUUAAACAUUCAGGGCCUAAUGGACACCACGUAUGCAUGGUUUUUGAGUUCUUGGGAGAUAAUCUGUUGACCCUUAUUAAAUAUAGUGGUUAUCGAGGGGUUCCUUUACCCAUGGUCAAAGAAAUAUGUUUUCAUAUUCUAGUGGGCCUGGAUUACUUGCAUCGCAAGCUUUCAAUUAUUCACACUGAUUUGAAGCCUGAGAAUAUCUUGCUUUUGUCAAUGAUUGAUCCAUCUAAAGAUCCCUGUAAAUCAGGCACUCCUCUCAUCCUCCCAACCAGCAAGAAUAAAAUUGUUUCUGAGUCUCCUGCUUCAAAAUCUAGUCAGAGUUUAAAUGGGGACCUUACAAAGAAUCAAAAAAAGAAAAUAAGAAAGAAAGCUAAGAAGGCAGCUCAAAUUUCUGCAGGGAAAGAAGCUUAUGAGGAAAACAAGGUUGACCCUGAAAUACUUGGCCCUGAAGAUUCUAAUGCUGGUAAAAAUUCUAAUGAAGACUCCCUUGAUGAUUCAAAUACUUUGGUGAUUAAAGAUAAAUCAAUGAAGCUUGAAGAAAGCAAGGAUGCUUGUCAAGAAAAACGUGGGCAUAGAAGAGGCAGUCCUACCACAAGGCAAAAGCUAUUGGCUGCAGUUGAUAUGAAGUGCAAAUUGGUUGACUUUGGAAAUGCUUGUUGGACAUACAAACAAUUUACGAGCGAUAUCCAGACUAGGCAAUAUAGGUGUCCUGAGGUUAUUCUUGGAUCUAAAUACUCGACUCCAGUGGAUCUUUGGUCCUUUGCUUGUAUUUGCUUUGAGCUGGCCACUGGUGAUGUCCUUUUUGAUCCUCACAGUGAUGAGAAUUAUGAUAGGGAUGAGGAUCACUUGGCAUUGAUGAUAGAGCUUCUUGGCAUGAUGCCGCAUAAGAUUGCAUUAGGCGGUCGUUAUUCCCGGGAUUUCUUCAAUAGACAUGGAGAUCUAAAGCACAUCAAUCGGUUGCGUUUUUGGCCUCUGCAUAAGGUGCUUGGUGAGAAGUAUGAUUUCAGUGAACAUGAUGCAAAUGACAUGGCCGACUUCCUUAUUCCCCUACUUGAUUUUGUGCCUGAAAAGAGGCCAACAGCGGCUCAAUGCCUCAGUCACCCAUGGUUUACUGCAGGCCCUCGUCUGCUUGAACCUGCCAUGCCUCCUGUUCAACCGCAUGCAAGUGAUGGGAAAAUGUCUGAAAACGAGAGGGAAAGGGAUGAGAGGGAAGCUGUGGAAGCUGGAGUGGGGAAUAUAGCUAUAGAUGGAGCCACCAAGCCACAUGACGCUUUGUAAUAGGCAUGACGAAAUUGGUAUUAGUGUUUUAAAUCCUUAAUUUUCCACGCCUCCCUUUUCCUCGACUUGAAUUUGCCACAAGUGGACUUGCAUUCUUUGCAGAGGGAUAUUGGCUGGCUUCUCACAAAUAUUAGAGAUUUUUGCUGCAAAUAGGUGAAAUCAUGUGAAAGCCUAUCAAUCGUGGUGUGGACUAUGGGGAAUUGUGAGUCCUCCACAAAAUUUCCACUUUUUACUUUUAUUGCAUACUUCAGUGUCCUUGGAACAGAUUUUGGAUCGAGCUUCUAGGUUUUGCUAUCAUUUUGUAUAUUUUCAUUGCAUUUGUGCUUAUUGUUUGGUGAGUUGUGAACA